CACUGUGUGGUUUCCGUUGCUACAUGUAAACAAAGCGCAGUUAGCUGCGCUGCCCCGGUGACCAGAACUGGGCAGUAAUCAGAACCACGCCGAAUCGGUGGAUCGUCGUCGGCAUGGAGUGAACCAGAACCGGAACCAUGUCUAUGGAAGAUCCGUUCUUCGUCGUUAAAGGGGAAGUGGAGAAGGCGGUCCACGCUGCCCAGAGUCUCCAUCGCCGCUGGGUGGAGCUGCAGCAGGAAGUGGGCGGAGCCUCCAGGGAGGAAGCGGAUUGGACGACCAAUGAGCUGCGGAACGGCCUGCGGUCCAUCGAGUGGGACUUGGAGGAUCUGGACGAGACCAUCAGCAUUGUGGAGUCCAACCCCAGGAAGUUCCACCUGGAUGCCGCUGAGCUGACCAAGAGGAAGGCCUUCAUCACUGGCACCCGCCGCACCAUCCAGGACAUGAAAGAACAGAUGUCGGGAUCAGCAGCUGGUUCUGGUUCUGCUGAUAGACACGGCAAACAGGUUCUCCUGGGAGACGCCCAAGAUCCCAUCUGGCAGCCUGGUUCUGAUCAGUGUGACCCACCGGACCGCCGGCCGCAGAGCGCCAACACCCAGUUCAUCGGCGAGCAGCAGACACAGCAACAGCUGAUCGUGGAGCAGCAGGACGAGCAGCUGGAUCGGGUUUCUGGCACCAUUGGGGUUCUGAAGAACAUGUCAGAGCGGAUCGGCCUGGAACUGGACGAGCAGGCCGGGAUGCUGGACGACUUUGGACAUGAGAUGGACAGCACUCAGUCCCGCUUGGACAGCGUCAUGAAGAAACUCGCUAAAGUCUCACACAUGAACAGUGAUCGCCGCCAGUGGUGUGCGAUUGGAGUGCUGCUGCUGAUCCUGCUGGUCGUCAUCAUCCUCUUCUUCAUCCUCUGACUGAAAGCAUAACAUCAACCCAAACCGCUGAUCCCAGCCCUGUGGACCCGGUGCGGUCCGGUCCAACAUGUUCCUGCUGUGAUUUUCAUAUGUUUAACUUUACUUCAGAGAAAAAAAGUCUGUUCAGUUUGUUUUCUAAUUUAAUAUUCUGAAAGUACCGAGCAUAACUCUAAAACAAACCAGUUUAACCAGUCUAACCAGUUCCUGUCCAACAUGGACCUGGUGACUCAGCAGAACCUGGGUUCAUUCUGUUCACUCAGAACCACUUUGACCCAUUUGAGCUUCAAUCUGAUUGGCUCCUGACUGCAGCAGGAGAAACAUGGGCCGGGUUCUGGAAGUUCUGGAUAGGAGUGCACCGAUUGCAGUUUCUGGCCGAUAAAAGAUCUUUAAAAGGCCAGAGCUGCCGAUUCUGACUUUCUUUGUCUGAAAUGCACAUGAAUAAAAUGAAUAAUUUAUUUGGGUAACAGUGGCGCAGCUAUUGUUACUGCAGACAUGCAGACAAGACCUGGUGGGCGGGGCUAACAGUCUAACCUCAGCAGAGGACAGUGGCUGAUUUUUAGAGCUUUGCUGAUGUUGAUCAGAUCGUUCAAUCAUUGAUCUCCCAAAACGAAGGAAAUCUGCACCAAUAAAUCGGCUGCCCGAUAAAUCAGUGCACCUCGAGUUCUGGACGUUCUGGUGGACUGGACCCAGAAAGUGAAAUCUGUUCUACCUUUAGACUAAACGGUUUUCAGUUUCAUAACAUGUAAAAAUAUCAAGAAACACUAUUCUUUCUAAAAAGUUUCUUAGAGAACCAGAAGUCUGGUUGUCCAGAACCAGAACCCUGACCCAAACAUCAAUUUUAUUUUCUCUAGGACCAAAACAAACCUCAUUCUGAACUAGAUCAGUUUAAACUGGUUCAUUUUAACUGGUUAAUUUUGUUGACCUCACUUAAAAACACUAAAUUUUGUUUGUGUUUUGUUUACUGAAAACUUGUAGUUUGUUAAACUGUUUUAUUUAAGCCACAUGUUGACGUUUGAAUUCAGAUUAUUGAAAUUGUUUAGGAUUUAGAUUUGAGUCCUCAACCACACUUCCUGCUGCUCCUUCACAAUAAAAGCCUCUCACUCUAUGGUAAACUGCCAGCUCAGAGGUAGCAGCAGCUUCUGAGAGACUCUUAUUCUGAAGGAGCAACUGGAAAUCUAUUAACUGAGCUAUCUUUACAAGAUCAGCUGAUCAAGAAGCAGAAAAUCAUGGCUUUACACAUCAGGCGUGACAGGUGGCAGCAGUUUGGUCAUGAUGACUUCAAUGAAACAUUUCAUUUCUGACUGAUCAACUUUAUUAAAGCAUCCUGAUUAAAGCUUUAUUAAAGGA